AUGCAACCCUGCCACCCAGUGCCCUCGCGCUCAUCCCCUCGGCGGUUUACAUCCCCACCCCUUCCUCGUGCUGCGUCGCCGCCAAAACCCUGCGCACGCUCACCCCUAUGCACGCUCGCGCCCAGAAUCCUCGUGCUCUCCGCUGUCGAUGUUCCCACUGUUGAGGUCGCCAUCUUCAUCAGUGUCGGCACCAACCACUUCCUCAACACCACCGCCCCCGCUUCCGCCAGGGAGCGCGACGUUCUCGUCGAGUUUCUGACCCUCCUCGCCGUCUGCCACACCGUCAUCCCCGAGCUUAAGGACGGCAAGACGCAGUAUCAGGCCAGCAGCCCCGACAAGGCCGCCCUCGUCGCCGGCGCGGAGCUCCUCGGCCUCCAGUUUCGCACCCGCAAGCCCAAGUCCGUCUUUGUCGAUGUCCUUGGAGCGUCCCAAGAGUACCAGAUCCUCAACGUGUGCGAGUUCAACUCGACCCGCAAGCGCAUGUCCACCGUCGUCCGCGCCCCCGACGGCCGCAUCAAGCUCUGCAAGGGCGCCGACGCCGUCAUCUUUGAGCGCCUCAGCAAGAUCCAACCAUACAGCAAAAACACCCUCGUGCACCUCGAAGACUACGCGACCGAGGGCCUGCGUACGCUCUGCAUCGCCUACCGCGACAUCCCAGAGUCCAAGUACAAGCAGUGGUCCGCCCAUGGCCACGGCCGCCCUCGCUCUCGCACGCCCUUGCACACAAACAGCCACCGCUCGUGCUCGCGCUCCUCUUUGCUCUCGCUCGACGAGAUACUCCUCCGGGUAGCCAUCAACGACCGCUCUCGUGCCGGCUCGCUCAUCAACGCCCCCUCGCGCCCUCGGCCUUCGCCGGCGCACUAG